AUGAAGUACAUUUUGGUGACCGGUGGAGUUAUCAGUGGCGUGGGCAAAGGUGUCAUCGCCAGCUCGUUCGGCACCAUUCUCAAGCAUUGUAACAUCCAUGUGACGUCUAUCAAAAUCGAUCCGUACAUUAACAUCGACGCCGGCACCUUCUCGCCGUACGAGCACGGAGAGGUUUAUGUACUCGACGAUGGUGGAGAGGUGGAUCUCGACCUCGGCAAUUAUGAACGUUUCCUGGACAUUACUCUUCACAGUGCCAAUAACAUAACUACGGGGAAAAUUUAUCAACAUGUUAUUACAAAAGAGAGGCGUGGAGAUUACUUAGGGAAGACAGUACAAGUGGUGCCCCAUAUCACUGAUGCUAUACAAGAAUGGGUAGAGAGAGUCGCAAAUCAGUCUGUAACAGAAGAUGGAACUAUACCGGAGGUUUGCAUAGUGGAAUUAGGGGGUACGAUAGGCGAUAUAGAAGGGAUGCCAUUUGUAGAAGCAUUCAGGCAAUUUCAGUUCAGGGUAAAAAAGGAGAACUUCUGUGUCGCUCAUGUUUCAUUGGUGCCACAGCCGAAGUCAACCGGUGAGCCUAAAACAAAACCAACACAAUCUAGCGUGAGAGAACUACGUGGUUUAGGUUUGUCCCCUGACCUCAUAGUUUGUAGAUCGGAAAUGCCUAUUGGCGAUUCGGCGAAAGAGAAGAUCUCGAACUUUUGCCAUGUGGCUCCAGAACAGGUCAUAACUAUACACGAUUUGACGUCCAUAUACCGGGUGCCGCUUCUUAUGGAACACCAAGGCGUCAUAGAAUUUCUGAAUGAUCGAUUACAGCUGAAUAUCGGAAUGCCGCGUCCGCGUUGCUUCAUGCGAAAAUGGCGAGACUUGGCGGAACGCGUCGAUCAUCUACGUAAGGAUGUUAAUAUCGCUUUAGUCGGCAAAUAUACGAAACUCGAGGACUCUUACGCGUCUGUCACGAAGGCGUUGCAACACGCUGCCAUCGAGGCCGGAUAUAAAUUGAACUUAACGUUUAUAGAAGCUGCCAAUUUAGAACAGACUACGAAAGUAGAAGAUCCGGUUUUAUAUCACGAAGCUUGGCAACAGCUCUGCAGAAGCAACGGCGUCAUUGUACCGGGUGGUUUUGGAAAGAGGGGAAUGGAGGGAAAAAUGGAAGCGUGUAAGUGGUGCAGAAUGAAUGACAAGCCGUUUCUUGGUAUUUGCCUGGGUCUACAAGCGGCGGUUAUCGAAUUUGCUCGAAACGUAUUGAAUCUCGAGAUGGCGAACACAACGGAAAUUGAUCUGAAUACCACUUAUCCGCUGGUGAUCGACAUGCCGGAACACAAUCAAGGACAGAUGGGGGGAACAAUGAGGCUUGGCAAGAGACAAACGCAAUUUAUCAACAAUAAUUCUAUUCUAAAGAAGUUGUAUGAUAAUAAAGAUGUCAUAGAAGAAAGGCAUAGACAUAGAUAUGAAAUAAAUCCGGAAUAUAUUGCGGACUUAGAAGCAGCUGGUCUAAAAUUCGUAGGCCGCGACGAUCAAAAUGUACGAAUGGAAAUUGCCGAAUUGGAAGGACAUAGUUACUAUAUAGCCACGCAAUUUCAUCCCGAGUAUCUGUCAAGACCAUUAAAACCAUCGCCACCGUUCCUCGGCUUAAUUUUGGCCAGUGUGGGUAAAUUGAAAUAUUACUUAGCACGGGGAUGCAAAUUUUCACCUCGCCAAUUAAGCGAUAACGAGUCAGACGAUGAGUACGCGCUCGAGGAAAUGACGAAAAUGCAAUUGUCAAAUGGCGUAAGUAGAAGCGGAAGUAGCAGCACGUCGGGUAUUAAUGAUUAGAAAUAUGUCCCUUAAAUUUUUAUCAGCAACCUUUAGCAGACUCUAACAGUAUCUAACUGGAUUUCUUACUAGUCUCCCAUUUAUAUGUAUUGGUUAAUCUUUUCAAAUGGUAGACAAACAUUAGAGAAGUAUAUAUUUAUCAGAAGUAUAUAUUUAUCAGAAAUAUAACAUUUAUAUAUAUAUAUCUGAUAAU